AUGGAUGACCUCCCUUCCGACUUCGUGCUUGAUAGUGAAAUCCGAGUUGAGUUUAGCAACCGCUUCACAUAUCGAUUCACAACCAAGUCUGAGGUCUCUGCUACCCAGCAUGUCCGGCGCAGGCCUCAAAAGGAGAGAUGGAAGGUGAUAAACAGCCUUGGAAGCGGAUCAGUUGGCACUGUUUCUGUGCACAAGUGCUUGACAAUGGAUGGCCCAGCAGAGUUGCAGGCCGUGAAAAAGAUUGACAAGGCCGUCGUCUUCAAGGGCAUUCAUUAUUACCAAGAACUAGAAGCGAUUGCAAAGUUUUCACACAAGAAGUACGAGGGCCUUUUCGUCGAGUUUCUUGGAUGGUAUGAAAAUGUUAAUUCUGUGUUCAUUGUGAUGGAAUAUAUGGAACACGGCGAUCUGGAUCGCCAUCUCGACAGACCCUUGCCCGAAAAUGAAGCCCGAGAGAUCACAAUGCAGAUAGCAGAAGGUCUGACGUCCCUCCACUGGAACGGAUUCGCUCACCGAGACCUUAAACCUGCGAAUAUCUUUGUGUUUCGAAAAGGUCCAGAUUGGUGGGUCAAAAUCGGCGAUUUUGGAUUCAGCAAACGUAUUGAUCAGAAUAAUGGCCUUCAAACAUGCGUUGGAACACUGGUUUUCAGUGCUCCAGAGUUGCAGAUGUUUUCUAUCCAUUUUGGACAUCCUGUCGAGGAUAAAACUGAAUUGCAGUAUACAGAGAAAGUUGACAUGUGGGCACUGGGUGUGAUCGUGUUCUAUAUGGUUUUCCAUUCUUAUCCAUUCCCCCACGACAAACCAUGGAGCCUGCUAGGAUAUAUGCAAGGCGCGGAUCUUUCUUUCCCAAAAUCUCCACUGUCAGAGAUCAGCGAGGAUUGCAAAAACUUCAUAAAGGCCGCAUUAUUCCGGGACGCCUCGGGGAGAUUAGCUGCACAUGAAGCUACGGGAGAGGCGUGGCUGGUGCGGUCUGAUAGUCCAGUCUCGGAACCGGCAGGCUUACAAAGAACAGAAGCAAAGGUCACCUCGACAAAAAACCCCCAAAAGACAGUAAAAACUCCGCAGAAAACGCCUGCCAAAAUUUUCAAUGAUGUCAAUCAACCUAUAGCAGGAGGAAAUCCACAAAUGCAUGCACCCAAUAUCUUGGAACCUUCCACUCAAAAAGAUUCUUCUGAAGCAACGAAAAACGCCUCGUCACCUACACCGGCAACUCUAAUUCACAGUUUUUGUUUUGCAUUCAAAUCCCCGGAACAAGAUGAACUAGACAAAUUACUUGCUCUUCACCUUCGAGGUGUGCAGCUUUAUCGGGAUAACGACUUUAGAAUGGCCGAACCUAUGCUUCUACAGGCGGCCGAAGGACGCAAGAAAGUACCUGGAUUGACGCACCGUGACACACGAAAUUCGUGCCAUUGCCUGGCAGUUCUUUACUACCAUAUGUCCAAUUAUUCCGCGGCGAAAAAAGUAUUUCAAUCGGUACUUAAAGCUCAACAAAUGAAGUAUGGAAAGAACGGUAUAUCGACGCUCAAAUCCCGUUAUUGGAUCGGACUCUUGAUUUGCCGAGAAGGAGAAUACAAAGAAGGACUGGCUAUGUUGCAGCAUGUAGCAGAUAUCCAGGAACGUGUGCUGAGCCCGAGUCACCCAGAGACCGUUCCUUCGCUUUCUACAUGUGAAAAGCAGAAGCCACCUGAAAUUGUGCAACCUCUGCCGCAAAUGUGCAACUCCCCACAAAUUUUGAAGCUCGAGAAAGCCACAAAUUUUAUGCAGGAAUCUAUUUGA